CCUAACACAUACAAAAAUUGUUGAUUUGGAUAUAUUUUAGAAAUGAUUAUGUUGCAGUUUUGCAGGUGUUCCUAUUUGAAUACAAUGUGGGUUAUAAACAACGUGUUAUCUCGACAGAAUUAACACAAAAACAUAUGAAUUAUCUAAUGCAUUUUAAUUGUUUCAGGUAGGUGUUAAAAUUAUUAUUAUCUUUUUUAGAUUAUUUUUUAAUUAUAAAAGUACCUGAUACUUUGUUUUUUGAAAGUGUAGUGGUUACUUUUGCGCGUGAUUUUUCAAUAUGUCGAAAUCAGAAAAUAAUUUGGAGAACGUAUUACAAAAAAUAAAUAGGAAGUUCAUUUCUCUGCCGGAUAAUGAUAUUAAGAGAAAUAAUCAAAUUAUACAACAGUUGUUGGAAUUGAUAGUAACGGAAAUGGAACAAAAAAACACUUUAUUCAAAUCGCUGUAUAACAGAACGUUUUAUGGGGGUAGUUAUUAUGAUGGACUGAGAGUUGGCCAGCCCGACGAAUUCGAUCUCGAUUUAUUACUAUUGCUACCAAAAAAAGUUGAUAUAAUUCAAAAAAUAGCCAACGUUCCUGGAUUUGUAACGUUACAAUUAGAUUUGACUAAUUUGUUUAAACAGGCCGAAUUAAAAGAAAGAUACAAAGGUAUAGAGAAACUAUUGGACGACAAAAAUUAUCUUGACAAUGAUAAAGUACGUCGGUGGAUGGAAGGAGUUGUCGUUUCGGCUCUUAAUAAAUUCCAAUUCAAAAAUGGAUCAUAUAAAUUUAAUAUAGACAUGGGAACUCUAUCCGGAAAUGUUCAUAAAAGUGGUCCUGCAUUCACUUUGAAAAUAGAAGGAAUUAUUCAUAACAAAAAAAUAAAUUUGGACAUUGAUUUGGUUCCAUGUUUUGAAUUAACCAAAGAAUAUUGGCCUCAAAGCCCUCCUUUCAGAAAGAAUUCAACCUCUAAGACAAAUUUCUUUAUCGUACCGAAGCCUAUAAAAGGCACCGGUCAGGUUAAUAACAGAAAUUGGAGACUCUCUUUUCAGGAACAGGAAAGGGAAUUGAUGAAAUCGAAAGCGUAUUUAAAACCAAGUAUAAAAUUAUUGAAGAAAUUAAGGGACACUGAGAAGUUGAAUGCUAUUGCUAGUUAUUAUAUAAAAACUGUUGCUCUUUCGGAAAUUGAAAAGAGAGAAACGGAAUUUUGGAAUACCUCACUUAGUACGGUAUUCAUGACGCUCUUGAAAAGUUUUGCCCAAAUGUUGGAGAAAGGAGAAAUAAAUUAUUAUUGGAAUAAAAAAAAUAAUCUCAUAAAAGCCAUAUCAGAACAAACAAGAUCGAAUUGGACUGGAAGAUUACGAAAAAUAAUAAAAGACGUUGAAGGGCAUUUAGUAGAUACUCCAACAAAAAUAGCGGAGUAUAUAUUGACUCCUGAGGAAUACAAAAGGUUUUUGCAAGUUGAGGACGAUUUUAUAAAAAGUGAUUUGCCAUCCCAUCAAUCUUUUCAACCAUUGAAGGGUAAUGAUAGUCAGUGCAUGAUUUUAUAAAUUAUUUACUUAUAACUUGAAACAAAUAAAGUAUUUUUUCUCCAACCAUCAAAAAA